AUGUUAGAUAAAGAAGAAACUAAAGCUCAAGAACAGCAGGCCUUGACUACUGCUGGUGCCGGUGCCGUAUCUCCCAACCGGUCCAAAGAUGAGGAGAUGGGACGCGUUGCCGUAGAUGAAGAUGAAAAAUAUUUUGAAGACUCUACUUCACUGGAGUUUGAUAUGGUUGAUUUAGAAGCCAAUGAUGAGAUUUUGCACGCCAAAAUGAAGUUGAUUAACGAUGCCAUUGAUGAGAUUGGAUUCACACCAUACCACUUGAAGUUGUUUUUUUUGAACGGUAUGGGAUAUUGGACUGAUAACCAGUUGAAUUUCUUGGAAAGUACUGUUCGUCAGUUUAUCAAUUAUCAAUUUGGGUACAAGUUCCCAGUCACUGCUGAAACUUAUGCUGGUGGUAUGAUUUUGGGAGCUUUGGUUUGGGGAUUUGGUGCUGAUUUAAUUGGAAGAAAAUUGGCUUUUAAUUUAUCCCUUUUGUUAAGUGCCAUCUUUGCCAUUAUGGCGGGUAUGAUGGGUAAUAUGGCUAGUUAUGCUUUGUUUGUCUUGUUGUCAGCUUUUGCCGCCGGUGGAAAUUUGGUUCUAGAUACUUGUGUGUUUCUUGAAUUUUUACCUCAUAAAGAUCAAUGGUUAUUGACAUUUUUUGCAUUGUUUUGGGGUAUUGGUCAAACCAUUGCUACUGCCUUGGGGUAUGCCUUUUUGCCCAACAACACUUGUGAUUCAGCUGAUUAUUGUCCAAGCCAUAUUAAUAGAGGUUGGAGGUAUGUCUGGUAUACUAAUGGGUCGAUUGUUUUGGCAAUGGCCAUAUUGCGUGUGACUGUUAUUAGAUUGAAGGAGACACCCAAGUUUCUUGUUGCCAAUAAUCGUGAUGCCGAAGCCGUUGCGGUCUUACAACUGAUUGCUGCCAAAUACAACCGUCCAUGUUCAUUGACUUUGGAGCAAUUGUUAGAAUGUGGCGAAAUCAAGAGUAAUUCUGAUUAUAGAAACAACUUCAAUUUCAAAGGUAUUUUUCAACUCAUGUUCAAGCACAUGAAGAUACUAUUUGCCACUUCCAAAGCAACAAGAUCAACGAUUUUACUAUUUAUUUCAUGGGCUUUCCUUGGCAUUUCGUAUCCACUUUAUUCAUCAUUUUUGCCUCAAUAUUUAGCUACUAGAGGUGCUAAUAUAUCAGCAUCAACUACUAGCGGUGUUUAUCGUGAUAAUUUAAUUGCCAAUGCUUGUUCUGUUGGUGGACCAAUUGUAGCUGGUCUCAUGUUGAAAUUCAUUCCUAAAUUGGGAAGAAGAGAAGUAAUGUUUAUUGGUGGUAUUGCCACUAUGGCGCUUUUGUUUGGGUAUACUCAAGUUAGAACUAGAUCGCAAAAUGUUGGAUUCACUUCUAGUGUCUAUGUGGCAUUGUACAUUUACUAUGGUGUUAUUUACGCUUACACUCCCGAAGUUAUGCCUAGUGCUGCCAGAGCAACCGGUAAUUGUUUAUGUCUUUUCGCAACAAGAAUAUGUACUGCCAUGGUUCCCAUUAUUGCUUAUUAUUCAGACACAUCUUCAGCAGUGCCUAUCUGGAUCUGUGGUGCUUUUGUCGGUGUCAUUGGUAUCAUUGCGUUGUUUUUACCGUUUGAGCCAACCAAGCAAAGAGUUGUUUAA